AUGCAAGGUAAUUACAUGAACGUGCCACCGGGUCAACGCCCAUUAAUGAAAAGAAAACCUGCACAAGUUCAAAGUGUUGUCAGUUGUAGUGCUUCCUAUGAGAAUCAGCGUGUUUGUAUUCCGGCAGAAGUGGUUGAACUACAGAAAACGAUUUAUUUUCAAGUCCAAGCUGUUCUCCUAAGAUUUCUUCCAUUUUAUGAAGUGGCGUAUACCGAAGUGAAAAAACAAGAGUUUCUGAACAAAUUCAGAGCUAUUACUAAAAAUAGUCUUGAGGAAAAGAUCACCGAAAUUCAACGUUCAAAUAAAGCUUGGUCAUUACCGACCAUAAUCGAAAAUAUUCACUUCUUAGACUAUAAGUGCACGUUGGAAACCGAUGAAAAAUUCGUCUUCACACCAGUAACACAACAGCAUGUUCCCCUCACCACUCAAAUUUCUUAUUCUGCUCGAAAUCAGGAUGAAACACCAGGCAUCGUGAGCUUAUCCCAAAACCUAUCAAACCUUAUCGCCAGUUCUACCACUGCGGCUGAUGCGAAUACAGUAAUCCACGGAACACAGAAUCGAACUCCUGUGAAUCUUAUCUCAUACGCCGCGAGAAUGUUCAAAAAACCAAUGUGGACUUGGUUGGGUGAUGAGGCAAGAGAAGAGAAACGAAGUCGUGUCGUGGAGUUCUUCAAAUCUGCUCAAGACGCAAACUCGGAUAUAUCCAAUGUAUCAAUUAGAAAAGAAGCUAAAAGACUUGCGAGAGCGUUGUGGGAGUCAUCAAUUCGGAAUUUUCCCCAAGUCCUCUAUCUACUCCGUCUACUUCGUGCUCGAAGGCCAAACGGAUUCGAGCUGCUAAAUUUCGAAUCCGAGAUUGAAGUGGAAGUCAGUAUUCUGAUUGAUUACAUUGGAUUUUACGAAAUUUCGGACAAGGAAGUCUCCAUAAUAUAUAACUAUUUGUAUUCUACUGCCGAAGGGAAAACGAGCAAGAAAAUUCAUAAGUAUUUGUGCCAGUUCCAUAAAGGAUGGGAAAAUAGAUAUAACGAGGCGACAGGUAUGAAAGAAAUCGAGAGAAUCUGCGAUGAAAACAAGAUGUUCUCGUUGGAGGAUGGAGCGUACAAGGCUAAGGGUCACUCUUACAAAAUCGUGCUUCCGAUGUACUUUAUGCCUUGCCUUCUUCAGUUGAGACAACAGUUAUAA